UCUUUUGACUCUUUGUUAAAGGAGAAAGCGCCUCAUGUCUUGGCGUGAACUCCUUCCCCCUUGGCUGGUGAUUGUAGCGGGACUGACGGGCAUUGUGCUCCUUUGCGUCUCCACUCAAGAUGUGCCCAUCACCCCUCCCAGGAUCAAGUAUGGCAUUGUUCUGGAUGCUGGCCCAUCCCACACCAUCCUGUUCAUCUACCAGUGGACCACCACCAACGCAAACAAGACCGGGUUGAUCAGGGAAUGUAGUUCCUGUCCUGAGCAAGGUCCGGGAAUAUCCAGCUACUCAGAUUCUCCUCAGAAAGUAGGGAAGACCUUGGAGUCAUGUUUGACAUGGGCCCAGAAAGAGAUCCCGGCAGAACAGCACAGCCAAACCCCCCUCUACUUGGGAGCAACUACCAACAUGAGGCAGCCGAACCUCACCCAUCCCACCCUCUCUGACGAUCUCCUUGCAGCCCUGAGGUCAUCCCCCUUUGACUUUCAAGGGGCACGAAUCCUGUCCAAUCCAGAAAAGGAAGCAUUCAACUGGGUUGCUGUUAAUUAUGUCCUGGAGAACUUCUUUAAGUACGACUGGCGAGGACAGUUGGUCCCCCCUGAGAAGGGGUUGGCAGGAGUUCUGUCCGUGGGAGGAACCUCAGCACAGCUCACUUCCAAGGUGGAAGAAGGGACCCAGGCACCAAAAGAGGGAGUGAGGCUGCAGCUGUAUGGACAGACGCACAAUGUGUACACUCAUCACUGCCACUGCCAUGGCACGGACCAGCUCCGCAACAGGCUGCUCUCUAUGCUCAUUCAAGAACAGAGAAGUGCCAAGACCGUGUCUAAUCCCUGCUGGCCCCUCACCUACUCCCGGGAAUUGCAGUGGCAUUCAGUGCAUGCUGGGCCUUGUGCUGUCAGUGAUGACACAUCGGACAUCCCCAACCCUGAUGAAGUCUUCAACAUCACUGGCUCCAGCAAUCCCACCGCCUGCAUGAGACUUGUGCAAAGCCUGCUCAACUCUUCCUCUUCCUGCAGCUUCUUCAAGCAUUCCUUCAGCAAUAUUUUCAAGCCCCUCUGGACCAGGUUUCUGGUGAUUUCUGAAGCCAUUGACUUCGUGAGAAAAACCAUACCCUCUCCUGACUUGGGUCAGGCAGUCUACAGGCUUUGUGGAAUGUCCGUCAAAGAGCUAGUCAAGGAGUCCCAAACAAGCCUGGAUACACUUGCUGAUUACUGCGUCGUGUCCACCUUCAUCUUUCAUCUCAGUACAAAGGGAUACACAGUUGACUUUGACAGGUCUGUUUGGACUGCAUUCCAGAAGAUGGGUGACAGAUCGUCUGGCUGGACUCUUGGGUACCUGCUGAAUCUGACCACCACCAUCCCCCAGGGCAGCCCAAGCUUCCUCAAGGGGAUUGAACCAGGGGUCUGGUCAUUGCUCCUUAUCCUCUUUGUCGUGCUGCUCACUGGCUCUUUCAUGCGCAUCUCAUACCGGGUGAUGGUCAAGGAAAACAGCUUCAGUAACAGGAACAGCAGCGUUUUUGAUGACAACUGAUAGUUAUUCUGGGACUCGAUACUCUUGCCAGAGGGCAGUUAAUAGGGUACAAACAGAAAUCACACAGGUGUAAGUCACUGGAGGAUGCAAGUGAUUUUCCUGCAGGACUCACAGAGCCCCAGUGCCUUAUUUCAACUUCCCAGCACCUGCACUACUGUAUUUUGAGACUCCACAGGAAGCCCAUGAUUCCUGGUGGAUGGCAAGCUAUUCGUUCUCCAAAUGAGAGAGCAGCCUGCACAGAUCUUGCUUGGGCUGCAGCUGAGAUCAUUGGUGUCAGCCUAAUGAAAUGAUGCCUCUGAGCAGGCAGGCCCUGAGCUAUUGUAAAGUUAAUAGUGAAUAAUCCUGUCUAAUCAGGAGAGGUGGUGUCUGAAAAAGGUGCUCUGUCCUCUUCUGUGCCAACAAGAGAGAUGAUACUUGCAGUAUUGCCACUAGUGAAGACUGGAACAGCAUUAAAAUAUAGUCAGAAUAUAACAGCCAACUUGCUCCCAUGUUCUAGGGGAAAAGCAGGUAUUUUCUGCCUGCUACUACUGAUCUGUCUGUUCUUCCAUCUCAGUGACAUCCCUUCCAGUAAAUGCUCCUGCUGACCAAAAGCAAUGCUUUUUUAGUCUUGGUCUCUACAAAAUGUGCAGAGCAUCAAAGGAGAAACAAAGGGCACCGAUGCGCAGCUCAGUUCCUGUCUCUCAGCUGAGUCAUGGCAAUGCAGGGUUAAAAUUGCCAAUUUAAACUCUUUAACCAGGACUUAAAUGAACACAUUUCAUUACACAUCUACUAAAAUCGGGUGCAUGCUGGGCUGAAGUUCACCAGUUCAUUCAUUUGCACUGACCUGCUUGUCUCACUGACUCUGAAAGUGAAGUAUCUCAUCCAAUAUUGUCCUUUAGACAUGAGCAGGCCCAUAAACAGCAGCUUUCCUAAUUGUCAGUCCAAUCACUUUCAUAUUAGACUGUGAACAGAGUUACUUUACAAUCUAAUACUCAGGAUUCCUCUGGGACUUGGCAGUCAUUCCAGCUCCUCUGGUCUGGUCUGCUCAUCUAAAAGAUGAAGUGCUGUACAAAUUCCCUGUGUUAUUGUGAAGAAAAGGGAUGGAUUCAGACAAACACUGUCCUUUGACUGAAGCAUUGAGAGUUGAAUUCUCCAAUUGCUUUGGAGACCUAAACACACAGGCUGCACAAGGGACAAGUGUCUCCAACUCAUUGCAGACCACUUUAAACAGAAAUUUAAAUGCUCGCAGAUGCAGUGAUGUGCCUUGCAGGAUUUUUAAAGCGACCAUGGCAGCUGAAUCCUUUCAAAUCUGAUUAUUGAUCUCUUGUGCUCCCAAUGCAUAUGUAGGACACACCCCCUCCCCCAUAAUAUUGGGGUAUUCAUCAAUUUUCAGGUCAAUUAAUGAAGGUUUGGAACCUGUCAGUCAAGUUUGGAGGGGCAUGGAAACAGAUUUAAACAAGCUUCAUAUUCAUUUCUUUG